UCAGGCCUGGCCGCCCGCCCCGCUCGGCGCGCAGCGCUGUUGCCGUUGCUAUGUACGGGCUGGUGCGGCUGCGCCCGCCCGCGCUGCUCCGCGCCUGGGGCGGCGGUUCCCGCCUCGCCCGCGUCGGCCUCCGCCCGCCGCUGCCCCCGGUAACGCUGCGAUCCGCCGCCGGCAGCUCCGCCAAGGAUGCAGGUGUGUCACCCGAAAAGGCGGCCACAGAUCCCAAUGGUGAAAACAAGAAACUCAACAAAACACAGCAGCUGAAACAAGUUUUUAAAGAAUAUGGUGCUGUAGGGGUUUCAUUCCAUGUUGGAAUUUCAUUAGUAUCUCUAGGAAUCUUCUACCUGGUUGUGUCAAGUGGUGUGGACAUGACUGCAGUUCUCUUCAAACUUGGGUUCAGUGAAUCAUCGUUGCAGUCUAAAAUGGCUGCUGGCACAAGCACGUUUGUGUUGGCGUACGCUAUUCAUAAAUUGUUUGCUCCAGUCCGAAUCAGCAUUACUAUAGUUUCUGUGCCAUUUAUUGUCCGAUACUGCAGGAAGAUUGGUUUCUUCAAACCUCCCACCCCAAAUCCAUGAUGAUUUCUUACUGGUUUUUAAGUGCUCUAUACCCACGUAGCUUUUCAGAUUGCUGAAUUCCUUUAAAAGAUUUAUUUGGAUUCAUGGCAAUGCUGACCUUCGCUUGCAUUUCUGACUUGUUCUUUCAGGUAAAAGUGACACUGUGAAGUGUUGUCUUUAUCUUCUUUCCCUUUUGCCACCUCUUCUUUAGAAGAACUUGUUAAAAUGGUAUCUGGUUUCCACUGCAAGUGGUAAUAUAAAUGCUUGACAAUGAGCAGUCUCUUUAGAACACACACUUCUGGGUCUUUAUCAUUUAGUUUUCGGGGCCUUAAAUUUUUUUCUUGUCAAAAUAGAGCAGCAGCAUUAGUUUAUUACAGUGUAGUUGGGAAACAGUAAAAUUAUCUAAUAGUCUGUAGAAUAAACAAUAUCCUACUAGAUUAAUAGUUCUUUUGAUAAGUGUACAUAUUGGAAUCUAAGGUGGUAGGUGGGUGUUUCUUUUGUUAUAAAAGGCAUGUAUUGUGACCCAUCUUUGCAAUACAACACACAUGUUGAACUAACUUAAGUGGGAGUACCUGUGUGCUUAAUUAUUGCACAGCAAUAAUGGUUUUAGACAGAAUAGGUGAUGCACUGUUCUGAAACUACAGCUCCUUUGUGGUGCUUCCAUGUUUCAAGAUUUUAUUGUUUGAAAAUGUGUUUUAUUUAUGGGCUAGGAACAGGCCUUACUAAAGUAUUUCUUUGCCUACACACUCAGAAGGAAUCCUGAGUCUACUGAAAUCAGUGUAACCAGAAUUACCUCCUAUGUGAACAUAUUCCAAAGAUCACCAAGUCAGAGGCAAGGUAUCUGUGGGGUUUUUAAUGUACCAAGGUCUGGCUUUGUACUACAGACACAUUUUUGUAUGAGAACUAACCCUAGCAGCUUUCUGCUGCUGUGAAUGACACUCAAAUUCACAUCUGAAGUCCAGACAGUACAAUUCAGAGCUUCUCAAGAGCAAUUCCCGGGCUUUUGUCUGGCAGACUGUUGACUGUACCAAUUAGAAGUGCUUUUCAUAUCCCUAUUUAGACACUGUUCCUGUUAGAAUGUAGUUACGCAGGUAUAUAUAUAUAUAUAUUCACAUACCACCUCCCAGUUAACCUAAAGACUGGAUCCCAAACCUAGGUACUCAGUGAAACGUUCUGCGGCAAACCUGGCUGUCAGACUUUGGACUGUGAAUUAGCUUGAGCCAGACCUGCCAGGCUUUGGCCCUGUUCCUCCUUCCAGGUCUGCUCUUGUUACAUUGUCUUUCUCUUUGUGCUUACACUUACCCCGAGAUGAGACUGACUGAUCUGCUCAUACAGGAAUCUGAUUAAAGUCAAGUAGCAGAAAAUUACCCUGGUGAUCAGGGUAAUUUUAUUUCUUUGGCUGAAAUUUUGUAAAUUGAGAGGAAGAAAUAAUGUGGUUAGAAUGAGAGUUGGCUGAGGGAGGGAAGGAGGAACAAGUGAUUCUUUUUAGUUGUGAGCAACCUAUUACCUCCACUCAACCAUAACAUUAAAUUGCACCCCAACUCCUUUCACAUUCAGGAAGUCCAACCCAGAGGCUGAUUGGAUGCUCAGGCUCACAAGUGAGCAGGUUGUGCUCUAGAAGGUGACUCACGGCCACAUCUGUCCUUGUACCUCUGGAUUAUUGCUACUCCUUGGUUAAGAGAGGCUUUCUGUAAGACAGGGCAAACUCUGCCCUGUGGAAGCAGAGUGUAGAGACUGACACCUGGGAACAAAGAGCCACUUGACAACAGCUUGGGCUCAGUGGGACUGUGCUGUUAAGCCUAAGGGAGGGUUUAGUGUCCUAAGAUGGAAACAGUUGUAGCAGUGAGCAGGUACACAUGCUGGAGGCUUGAUGCACAAAACAAACACAUCCAUGCAUAGCAUAAAUGAAAGAAUGCAUUACAUAGUUAAACACUGCUCAAAAUAUCAGCCUUAGGAGCAGGAUGUACUGAGAAUGAGCUUCAUUGUGGUCUCAUGCCAUGGGAGCUCUAAGUUGUGUCACUAACAGAGCUUAUGUCACACACAGCUGCUCAGUUUGCUUGUGAACUGUGGAGCCAGUGCACAGGAGGAAGGGCUGGCAAGCUCGUUUGGACUAGCUGCUUCUUCAAAAAACACACCCAACCACACACAAACUGGACUUUUCCUGUUUGAUGCCAGCUUUGCAGCAUGGCUGCUGAAACUGGCAGCUUGUCCAGGGUACCAGUUGCAGCUCACUGCUACCUGAUCCAGUUCUAAUUAGAGCAUAAGUUUCAGAUCAGUUUGGCCCUCAAGGAAGCUCUGCCUUUACCCUUGCCUAAUCUACUUGUCAUACCUGAGAUGUGGGUGGAAGCUUAUUGCUGAGUGUUUUAUAGGUAAAAACCGCAAUAGGUACACAGCAGUUGAAGGGCACAACAACAGUACUUGUUCUUCCCUAUUACCUACUGCAUUUUAGAACAGCUCAAAUCUUUUAAAUUUUAAGGGACAGUCAGGAUUUCUCAAGAAUAAGUUUUACUUGGGCCUAUUUUUUUUUCCUUUUCACAGAAGCCUUGCUGUGGUUUGUUUUUUAUCUUUUUCCUUCCUACAUGCCAUCUCUGGAUCAGUUUAAGACAAUUCUAGAAUAACAAGGAGGCAUCCUUGCUUUCUUCAUUUAAUCAGUCAUUUCUGAUAAUGAUGUUUUGUUUACAAAGCAGGAAUCUUUUAAAAAGAAGUGCACCCAAAAGUUAAGUCACCAGCACUACUAGAGAUUUUCUUGCAGUAAAGAAACAGAGCUCCAUGUAAAUGAUGACCAGAAUUCAGAUUACCUGUUAAGAUAAAUGUGGUUGUAUAAACUACUGGCAAUGAGUUUAGAUUAAGUUUUUUUGCAAAGUAUGUGUUUAAUUAAUUUGAGAAUAUAUUUUGAAUUCUUGCUUGUAAAAGGACCAUUUUAAAAAAUUAUUUGUAAAAUAGUGAAGAUGAUCUUAAAGUCUUAUAAUGAAAAUACAAUAAAUUGCUUUCUCUUA